GCCAAUCAGAAUCAUGAGCAAUGCUUUUAUUCAAACCUCUAAACCAGCGCAGACACACAGAAUCUUUGUUCAAGCAGAAUCUGACACAAAAUGGACACCAAAAGAGUGAUGACUGAGACACUUGAGGAUCUUGUGGAUAAAGAGCUCAAACAAUUCAUCUGGCAGCUGUGUAAUGGUGUGACGGCAGGCCUUGAGCCGAUUCCUCGAGCAAAGCUUCAGACGUCUGAUCGCGAGGAUGUGGUGGACUGCGUGGUAAAGCACUAUCCUGAUGACGCUGGGAAGAUCACAGUCCAAGCGCUGCGCAACAUGAAACAAAAUGAGCUCGCAAAGCGCCUUCAAAUAAAACUUCAAGAAGGUCAGCAGCCUGUGCAGGAGGUAACGAGAAGUGCUCCAGAGUCUAUGGACCUGCAGCCCAUCCAGUCUGACUGGCACAGACCAUGCAACAUUGCUGCAUGCAGUCAAGAGUUUAAAGACAGACUUCUUACACAAGAGAGAAAAGAUGUUUAUAUACCAACGAGCAGGUCUCAGAGGAAAGGUUUAGCUCUGCUAAUCACCAACAUUGCGUUCGACCACUCAAGUAACAGGAACGGAGCAGAGAAAGACGAGGAGAACAUAGAGUGGCUGCUGAGAGCUUUGGGCUACAGCGUUGAGAAACACAGAAAUCUCUCGGGCAAGGCAAUAAGUGAAGCAGUCAAGAACUUCUCCAAACAUUCUGGACACAGAGACUCGGACAGCACCUUUGUGGUCAUGAUGUCUCACGGGAAAAGAAUCGAAAAUAAAGACGCCAUUUUAGGUGUCCAUUAUCACACAAACAACACCGGAGAUGUCUUCUUUGUUGAGGACAUCUUCUCCCAUCUCAACUCAGUCAAUUGUCCCGCUCUGAUCGAAAAACCAAAGGUCAUUCUCGUUCAAGCCUGCAGAGGAAGGGAUGUAGGAGGCGUGUAUGUUAGCGACAGUGCGUUUGAAUCAGACUCCUGGGUUCACAAGGAGAAAGACUUUGUCUGCUUUAUGUCCACCCUUCCUGAUGUCUAUGCGUACAGGGAUCCUGCCAAUGGAAGCUUUUUCAUCAACUACAUAGUGGAUGUGUUCAGCACAAGCGCUUAUAAAUAUGACAUUAUGGAAAUGUUCAGGAGGGUGGCCUCACGCAUGGAGAAUGACCCACGCUUCAUACACGAGCAGCAAAUAUUGCCGUGCAUCGAAAGGACGACACUUGUGAGGAAGUUCUACCUGUUUCCUGGACUCUAAUCAUGUGAAAUCUGUUUAGAGGCAGAACAUUAGAUCUUAAAUAGGAUGAAAAUUGCAUAGAAACAUCAUCAUGCCUUUGUAGUUCAGUGGUUCCCGACCAACGUUCUUGGAGGCACUCAACACUGAUUGUUUUUCAUGUCUCCUCAAUCAAUCACACUUGAUUCAGAUCAUCAGCUCAUUAGUAGAGACUCGUCUAAUGAAAGCAUUAGGGGCCUCCAGGAACACGGUUGAGAACCACUGCCUUAAUUGAUUAAAGAAAGUACAUUACCAAAUGUCUUAUAUUAAGUUUUCUGAAAUGUUGCUGGACAUGCAAAUUAAUAAAUAUACGUUUGUUUACAUGAAUUUAUUAAAAAUAAAGAACAAAAAUGAUAUAAA